ACGUUUAUUAAAUGAGAAAUCUAGAGUUUUACUUUCUUGAUCUGGCACCUACCCAUUAUAGAGCGGGAGGUUCAAAUUAAUCGACCAGACGUUUGUUUUGGUUUCUCUACCUGGAAUUGGAUUAUUUUCGUGUUGGCAUCUGCCUGCCUUAGCGCACUGCUUGGAUCUUAGGACCGACUCAUCAGCAGUCAGUCAAUACUGGAAUUUUUUGAAGUAAUAUUGUUGUCUAGAGGAAAUAAUCCGCCAUGGGCGGCUUGGAUUGCGUGGAAAUAUCUCAAUACUACGAUGUCAGAGAAACCAUUGGGUCAGGCGGAUUUGCCAAAGUGAAGCGCGCAAUUCACCAGCCCACUGGAGAAACUGUGGCAAUAAAAAUAAUGGAUAAAGCUGCUCUUGGGGCAGAUUUACCAAGAGUAAAAACAGAAAUACAAGCAAUGAAAUGCCUUCAUCACCAACAUAUAUGCAGACUAUAUCAAGUUGUUGAAACUUCUAAAAAAAUAUUUAUGAUAUUAGAGCAUUGCAAUGGUGGAGAAUUAUUUGAUUAUAUUGUACAAAAAGAUCGUUUAACGGAAUCUGAAUCCAGAGUUUUCUUUCGUCAAAUUGUUUCUGCUGUAGCAUAUAUGCACCAUAUUGGUUAUGCACAUAGAGAUUUGAAACCAGAAAAUUUAUUAAUUGACGAGGAUCAGAAUCUGAAGUUGAUAGAUUUUGGUCUUUGUGCAAAACCAAAAGGAGGAAUGGAAAAUAAUUUAUUUACCUGUUGUGGAAGUCCAGCCUAUGCAGCUCCUGAAUUAAUUGCUGGAAAAUCUUAUAUUGGAAGUGAAGCAGAUAUCUGGAGCAUGGGUGUUUUAUUAUAUGCUCUUUUAAAUGGGUUUCUACCAUUCGAUGAUGAUAAUAUAGGAAUGCUGUACAGGAAAAUCAAAGAAGGAAAGUAUGACACACCAGAAUGGUUGAGUAAAGAAAGUAUUGAAUUGUUAGGACAAUUAUUACAACAUGAUCCCAAGAAUCGAGUACAAGUUAACAAGCUUCUAAAACACACAUGGAUUUUGAAAGAAGUUGGAGUACCUGUUGAAUGGCAAACAAAAUAUCAGUUGUCAAACUUGGAUGAUGAUGUCAUUACAGAAUUGUCUGUUCAUCAGAAAACUUCAAGAGAAACAAUGAAAGAGUUAGUAUCACAGUGGAAAUAUGAUUCCUUGUCUGCAACAUAUCUUUUACUUUUACGAAAAAAAGCGAAGGGAAAACCAGUUCGUUUACUCACACCAAUCAACAAUAAUUUCCAGAAGCCGUUGGAUUUAAAGCAUCCAUCUACUCCCAAAUCGAGCAAAGCGAGACGGCCACUUGGACUAAAUCAAAGCGAAAAUGAAGCUCAGAAUGAUUUCAUGUUCCAACCUCCUCCAUCCGAACCUAUAUCUCGUAAAUCAUACUACAAGUCAUAUAAUGAUGAUGAUUUGUCUGAUAUGGAUGGAAUAUGGAGUUCAUCAGAUAGCUUGGAUACUGAUGGAGUUAUUCAAGGUAGAGGUGCUCCUGGAAGCCAAUCAGUUCGUGUCAAACAAGUUUCAAAUGGAAAAGAAUCCAAAAAUAAAAAAUCUUCAAAUAUCAAUCACAGGAGAACCAAGUCAGUAGAAGACAGCCUAAAAGAGAAUUUCAUUACUCCUGAUAUUCCAAAAAGAUUGACAGACGCUGUUAGCAAAGACAGACCACAUUCUGUUUUUGUGGGCUCAGACAAUGCAAUUUUCACUUCUCCAUACAAACCUACAACUCCGUCUAAUCAACGAAGGAGACCAAGACGAUCAAAAACACCUCCCGUCAUACAGAGAAGUCCACAUAAAUGGCAGAAAGAAAACUAUCGGAAGUCUAUGGAUAUUGAGCUACUCGAAGAUUCUCAGAAUCCAUUAAGCCCUGAGAGAAAAUGCAAAUCAAUGGACCAUGAUCUAAAUAAUGUUCAUUUUGAGCCACUUACUCCGAGUAAAAGAAAAAAUAAAAUGUUUGGCAGUUUUGAACGAGGACUAGACAGGGUGAAAAUGAUCUUAACGCCAAAUCGUAAACGUUCCAACUCAAUCACAGGACCACGUAAAGUCAAGGCUCUCUACAAUGUUUCCAAUAUAACAAAAUGCGACCCAGCUGAUUUAUUGAGAGAAUUAAGAAGAGUUGUUCCUACUAAACAUCUUUUAUACAAAGAGAAUGGGUAUGUUCUCCGUUGCCAAUCAAAAGAUGACUUUGGAAAAGUAUUGCUCGAUUUUGAAUUGGAGGUUUGCUAUUUAGCCGGCAAAGGUAAAUCGUCGAUUGUAACCACCAAAUCAUCAACAGAUUUGUGUGGAGUUCGUAGAAAAAGAAUAAAAGGAGAUGCUUUCGUGUAUAAGAGGAUAUGUGACGGAAUAUUGCAAGCUGUCAAUGUAUGAAGAUUCAUUUAGUACAAACUUAACUUCGCUAAUGCUUUUAGAAUAUACCGUUAUACGAUGGUGGCCAAAAUCGAUGAUCUGGUAAUAAUAUUUCUAAUUUUAAAUUUUUGAAUAUAUUAUUCACUUGAAUCACUUUCAACAAACAAAAUUGGCCCAAAUCAUAUUGUACCCAUAGAGAUUGAUCAUUGUAAUUUAAGUUCGAAUAAAUUUUGUUUCGAUUCGGUAAGUGAGAUAGGCCUUGAUUAUCAGACGUCAAUUGCGCAGAAUCCUAUUUUUUUGCGAUGAAGAUAAUCAAAAAAACAUAAUUUUAGAGUAUGUCAAGUAUAAUUUAUUUGAUUACAUGUGGUUCAUUUUGGAAAUGCCUGCUUGUGUGCUUGUACUGUUUGUGUUUAUGGUGGUCAGAUAUUAAUUUCUUUAAAAUUAUGAUGGAAAAAGAUGGGACGAGAAUACAGUACAAUUAUGUUCAUACAUUUUCUGUACUUUCUGUAAAUGUGCUGUUAACUUUUUUCUAUUUCUAUUUUUGAUGACUGAUACUCAUUUCAACUAAUGCCCAAAAUACAUUAUCAAACUUUGACAAUAUAGUUUCAGUUUUGUAUUUCUUAUUAUAAUAAAUAUUACUGCCAUAUUCAUUCAUUGUGACUUUAUAAAAAUAAAUACUGUAUAAAUUAGAUAUUUCACUCUUAUGCGUAUGCUUUUGUUAUAAUCCCUUCUAUUAUAAUUAUCGUGGGAUUUCCUAUUAUCCUUAUCACUAUGGUGUUUCAUCCCACAAACACAUUUUAUAAGCUGUCCCGAUUGAAUAUGAGAAAGAUAAUUGUGAAAUUUCCUGUAAACAGUUUUGGGAAUAUUUAAGUCUUUAGACAUCAUUUUCUCUCCUUUUUUUUUGUCUAUAUUAAAGUUUUUCCCUCAAAGUUUGUGAUAAACAAAUAAAUGUCAAUUUGCUUCUGGCAUCAUGAGUCACAAUCGAUGUUGUUUGACGGCCCUAAAGCCGGAACUAACUUCACGCUUGCUUUCAUUUUGUGCUAUUUUUUUUUUUGAUGAAACUUUGAAUAAAUUUCUGUAAUCAACAUACA